CAGCUACAGCCCAAUGGCGUCCACAUGGGCCUUCCCAUGCAACCGGGCGCUCAGAUGAUGAACCGAUAAGCAACAUCCUGGAAGUGCGCUAGGCGUACGAGUGUGCUUGCCCAUCGUUCAUGCGCUCAGAGCGAUGGUCAAGCGCCCUCCGCUGUCGUCUAUCGAGCGCACCACACUCUCACCCCCGACAUAAUCAUAAUCAACUCUACCACCUUGUAAUCUCCUGCGCUUUCCCUCUUUCUUGGCCUUCGGACGCAACGCCGUCUUCUGGCAAUGCAUGGCCGGCGUUCCGGAGCAGCUUGGCGCACGUCACCUCAUCAUCAUCUGUGGAGCCGGUUCACCUCCCAUCAAAAGGCGUCUCUUAUUGGACGGGCCAAAACACGCGAACACGAUCGAUAUCCUCUUUCCUUCAGUAACCUGUAUCUGUGUACAUACGUGGGUGGAAUAUUCUGGAUGGUGUUGCGGCGCACGGCAUACACCGAGCCUCUUGCUUUUCUUUGCCA